AUGCCUGAUUCCAACUUAGUUUCGCGGGCGAUCCUCGCCGCCCUUGCACUCCCUGCUGUCUCUGCCGAACUUCCCCCAGGCGCCAUUGCUGUGCCCAUGAUCCGAGGAGCGGAUCUCGGAGCAUACUUCGCAGAAUUCCAAGUCGGAACGCCCCCGCAGAAGGAAUGGCUCAAAGUCGAUACUGGCAGUCCACGAUUUUCCUUUCUUGACUCGCGCAACCAGGAAUGUGUCCUAGAUCCAAACGCGUGCAGUACAUAUGGCACUUUUGACAACUUGACCUCUUCAACUUGUCAUUAUGAAGGGCCUGGGUUCUUUGAUGCUCUCUAUGCAUCUGGACAAGGCGAUUUCCUCAAUGACACCUUGGUCCUGGGCGGUGUCACCUUACCCAACAUGUAUUUCGGCUACACGUCCAAGUAUCCGAGCCUCGGACGAGCUCCAAAACCAAUUUCCACCAUCUUGGGCUUGUCUCUUGAAUGUGGAGGCCAACACGGGGCUGACUGCAUGGGCAAGGGACCGUAUCUGCUACCACAGUUGAAGAAUGCCUCACUGAUUGACAUCAUGGCAACAAGCUUCUACCUUGGCCGGGAUGAAUUCAACGAGACCAAUGCCCAGAUGAUUAUUGGUGGCGCCUAUGACAAGGCAAAGGUGGACGGCGACCUGUUCACCGUCGAGAUGGCGGAUCCAUUCUCCCCUAGCCUCACCAAUGGCCAGACUAACAACGUCAACGUCACUGCAUUGGAAGUUGUAAUUGACGGCGGCAACCGCACGUCACAAACCUUUGGAGAACGUGGUGUCGGUGUCCCCGUUUUGAUCGACACGGGCGUUGCAAGCUGGUACGUGACUGAUACCAUCUACGCCGCUGUCUCCAAGGCAUUUGGUAUCACCGCUACAGCCCCACUUGGGCAACAGUGGGUCGCUGUCGACUGCAUCAACCGGGACCCCAACCAUUCCAAGGGCUACAUCUCUGUCGAAUUCGGCGCUAAUGGCAAGAUUGAUGUUCCGCUGCACGAAAUUGUCACUCUGUUUGCUGAUGGCACAUGUGGUCUCUUCAUGCAGGGUCGCGAAGAAACCAUCAACAUAUUUGGAGACGUAUUUAUCCGUUCAGUUUACACAAUCUACGACGAGGAGAACAAGACUAUAACAUUCGGUAGAGUAAAGCACACAACCGAGCAGAACAUUGUGCCAUUCCCCAAGGGAGGUUUCAAGGUCGGUUCAAAGGUCACUUCUUAG